CAGAGCCUGUACUGUCUUUGAUAAUUCUGCCGCCGCAUGUGGCUAGCCCGACGGCUAGCCGGCUGCUCCCGCCGGUCCAGCAGAGUCGUUUGAGCGACAGCUGUGUGACGAUGUGUUGGGUGUGAAUGGGAGAGUCUCGCUCCGUGUGGCGUGAGGGGUCCGAGCAGCCGGGGCUGCUGCAGCCGGGCUCGGGUGUCUGGGCUACGCUGCUGUGCAGGCGACACCUCGGAGGACUGUCCCACUCGAAAGACCACCUCGUGGGCCUCUCCGUGGGACCCCAGUCGGGUGGACCCCAGUGAAGGGCAUGGAUUUAGUGACCCCACCUGCACGUAUUGCAGGUUUUUUUCCGCUGUGCCAUGACACACUUAAAAAGCAAUCAGAGCAAAGCUGCCCGCCCAUUGGCCCAGCGUGAUGUCACAGGUAGUACAGAGCACCUCACCUCACCUCACCUCAGCUCCCCGCAGACCAUCCCCCCGUGACAAGUGCAAGUUCCCCCUGCAGAGUUGCACAGUGGUUGUCCAUAACCAUCCUGUGAAACGUCAGGUGUCCACAGUGGGGUCCACACGUCUGAGAGCCCCCCCCCCCCCUUUCACUUGAAGUCAAAGUUGAGAUCAAGUGGGUGCACUAACACUUACAAGCACAUGCUUGCAGCGUGUAGCUGGCUUGUCCAGCAGCAGGUGUAAGCAGCUGCAAUGCCCGUGAUCUGCUUCAUUUCCCAAGUUGGAAACCUGACAGCUGAGAGACGGACCUGACAGUGUGUGCCCUCCCGUCGGCCUGCGUCCAGCCGCCAUCCCCGUGCCCCGCAUGGGAGAUGUUUACUGUGUGUUGCCCUGAAGCUGGAUGCUGAUUAUGCUACAUCCAGGCUUGUACGAGUUUCUGCCCCCUGACAGCCGGGAGUUCGAAGACCUUGUGAAGAUUUUAUCCACGUUUUACUUGGACGCAUCGUCACGAGGAACCUUCUCCUACUGCAAGGCCAGGCUCAUUCACAAUGAACUGCUGGAGAAGGAGUUCAUCGAGAAGCGGAGAGAGAUGAAGCAGGAGGGGCGGACCGAGCAAGAGCUGACUGAGUCGUACUGCUUCCUGUAUCCGGACAAAUCCAAGCUCCAGUGGAUCUGCGAGAAGGGUCUGUCUGUAGGACACUCCAAGAUUACGACACUAGGAAAUCCAUCAGUGGGUGUCUAUCUCUCCAAAUAUUCAGAUUUGUUACAAAUCAAUCCUUUUGACGUGGGUUCGUCUGGAGACAUGAUCGUUUUUAAAGUCAUGAGGGGCCGAAUAAAGCACACCCAUGAGAACAUGCCUAAGAAUGCAAUGGAGCCCACACCCAAGUUUGACUGUCACUUGUCAAAAAGUGCCAAUAGGAUUACGUCUUCGCUGUCCUACAGGGCUUUUGAGCUCACGCAGCAAUAUUUUUAUGAGUUUGCAUUUGAUGAGAUCAAAGCUCGGCCCAGGCACGCGCGCCCCUACGCGGUGGUUUCCUUCAAGUACAAAGGCAAGGAGGCUGCUGCAGCUCCCAUGACAGUUCACAGGUUUGGCACAAUAUCCCCAGAAGGAAGUAAAGGGAAGAACUGCUACACUGUGUGGAGUGGUCCACUGGUGAACAAGGGUCAAGAGUUAUUCCCAAUUUGUUUACGAUCCUCUUCGCGCCCCUACCUUCCUUUCAAACUGCCUGAGAAGCUGGAGGUGAAUCGGGGCAUGCAGCUAGAGCAGGUGAAGCGAAAGAUCCCCUCUGUGCUUUUUUCCUGGGAAACCUACAGAGCAUCAUGGGAAGUGAUGAGGUGUGGGAUGUCCUGCAGCCUGUUUGAGGUGGUGGAUGGAAAAGGCAAACCGACUAGCGGCACCCUGGCAGCCCUGGUCCACAAACUGGAGAGAGACAGGAUGGUGCUGGUGAAGUCUCUGUUUGACAGGGGCUUUCUCUUCCUGCUCUCCUCAGCUCAGAUGGCUGAAUCCAAAGAGCGGCGGGGGCGGACUGAGAAGAACCUGCAAGCAUUAUUCAUCUUUCAGGAGUCAAGGAUGGUUGUUAAGUAUUCAUCUAGACUGUUUGAGCCGGAGCCACUGACGGCAGAGUCCCAGCCCGCUAUGCUGUCGUCCAUGGAGCCCUUCGUCCCUGCUCUGCACUACGCCCUGUUCAAGCUGCGCCCCAACCCAGGCAAGGAGCUGAGCUCCGGGGUGGAGCGGCAGGCCACCGAAUACCUAACGCGUAUGGACUCAGGCACUGUACGGCCGUUCAUCCUCCCCGACUACAAAUAUAAUGUGGACGAUCGAACCAACCCUCUCCCAGUGCCCAGACCCAAGUUUAACAUGGAUGCUGUGCUUCGCUCUUAUGUCCACAACCCUGCCAACUAUAUGUUACCUCUGAACAAGACAAAGGACAUCAUAGAAAGAAUACGAAACCCAGUACCGGUACCCAUACCCGUACCUGUACCAGUACCUUUACCUGUACCUGUACCUGUAUCCACACCCACACCCACACCCACACCUGUUCAAGCCCCAGUGGAAUACAGCCCCGUAUCUGACUGGGGCGGCUCAGACAGGGGCUCGGACAGGGUAGAGAGACCCCCAGAGAGGCCAGCCCAGGAGAAACCACCGCCACCACCAGAAAGCAGCAGCAGCAGCAGCAGCAGCAGACGGCGGCCGGGGUUGGCUCAUUCAAACGGUGCCCAGGUGCAGCACAAGCCCCACAUUGACUCUCAGCCUCAGCCCCAGAGGUUACGGUUGUCCCAGAACGAGUAUGAUAAACACAAGAUGAAGCAGCUGCUGAAGCUUAUUCAGCUCCAUAAGAAAGCACUAAUAAAGGAUCCUGGGGAUGAGAGGGGAGAGGACGGGACCUGGGACGCAAACAGCCUGAAGAGGAAGUUUGAGGGAGAUGAGAGGGGAGGCAUGAACAAACACCAACGCACAGAUCCGCUGAGCAACGGGGAACCAAGUCAUGGCACCCAAGCCGGUGAGGUGGGAGAUGAAGGUGGACACAGUGACAAUCUGACAGCAGUAAUGGAAAGCAUGGGCAUCUACGACACUGAUCUGAGGGCCCGUGGCAACAACAACGUCUCGGCGGUCAACGAGACCCAGCGGCUCCUCAAGAUCCUCUUGGCCACUCUCAACAAAGCCGUUGCUCAGGGUUCAGUGUCUGUGCAGUCGAACCACGGCGAAGCAUCCACGGGUUCAGGCAGCACGGAGCCGUCCAUCCCUGACCCAGAUUUUAGGAAACAACUUGAGCCAGCAUUACAAACAAACUACACAGAGGAGGACAUGGACUGUAGCCCUGGUAGUCCAUUUAGUGCGGGCUCCCCACCAGAGCGAGCUCACACUUCAGAUAACCCGACCUGGGUUAUCCCCGACAAUGAAGACAAAGCGCAACCUUUUCCUGAGCCGAUGCCCGAGCCUGAGCCGGAGGCUGUGAGAGAGGCAGAGAGUCAACCAGAGCCGAAGACGCCUGCAGUUGUGGAAGUAAAAAAGGCGGCUGCAGCAACCACGUUACCCGUCGCAGAGGAGGUUCCCUUCAGGCUCUCCAUCAGCCUGGACACCAUCCUCAACCAGGAAAUCCAUAGCCUCACCUCUAACAUUAAAAACAUCAUGCAGACUAAUCGCAUCUGCUAUACCUCGCAGCUACCACCGCGGUUGCUUCCACGCCACUGCUGGCUGCCCAACAGCUGCUUCUCGGACUUUGUUGUACCCUACGUCUCCCCGGUCCCCACUCAGGGGCAUGUCAAAGCACUGUGUGAGUUGAUGGACAGGUUAAUCCCAGCCCCACCUGCUCCCUCCAAGGUCGCUUCUCCACCUCCGACAGUGACAACGUCUAAUCUUACAACACCACCCCCUGCCCCGGUCCUGACUUCCAAAGCUAAAGCAGAGCCCUCCCUGUCAAAGAGUACCACCUCCUGCCAGAGUGAUAAAACGGGCUCUGUCAAAGAGACUGCAUCCAAAAAGGCUAAAACGGAAGUUGCAUCAACAGAGGUGGCGGUAGAUGUCUAUUCUCCCUUUCACGUGACACCAGACUCGCCAAACUCCCAAAACCUAAGCUCUGCCUCCGGCAGUGGGCCCGGUCUGCUUGCUGGCAGCCUCAUCGGCCAGCUAAAGCCUGAGGUUUUCACCAGUCUGGUGGAGAUCUUUAAGGACGUCACUAAGAAUACAGUGAAAUUCUAUAUCUACUCUGGGGAUGAAGGGGAGGAGAGCACUGUCUGCAAGGAGAUAAAGGAGUACUUGAAAAGUCUUGGCAACAGCGAGUGCAGCCCGCAAACGUUUCUGGAAAACAGCGGCAGUUUAGAUAAGCUCCUCAUCAUCAUUCAGAACGAGGACAUCGCCGCACACGUGCACAAGAUCCCGGCUCUGGUGUCCUUGAAGAAAUUGCCUUCAGUGAGUUUCGCUGGAGUGGACACUCUGGACGAUGUCAAGAAUCACACGUACAAUGAGCUCUUUGUGUCCGGAGGCUUCAUGGUGUCUGACGAGUUUGUCCUGAACCCUGAACUUAUCACGCAGGAUCGUUUGCAGGGGCUGCUGAAGUUCCUGGAAGAGCAGAGCACCCCUGAACACCCCUGGCAGUGGAAGGUGCACUGCAAGUCCCAGAAGAAGCUCAAAGAGCUGGGGAGGUUAAACACCAACGCAAUGGGGCUGCUGAACCUUCUGACAGCCUAUCAGAAGAGGCACCUAGUGGAGUUCCUCCCUUAUCACGAGUGUGACACCCAGUCGCGUCAGGCUCCAGACCUGGAAUGCCUGAUCAAACUCCAAGCUCAGCACACGCAGCAACGGCACCUCAUCUUCCUCACAGAGAGGCCAUUUGAGAUGUUCCUGCAGUUCUCCAGAAAUGGAAUAGUGAUAGCGAGCAUUGAUGAUGUUAUGAGCGGUUUCCACAGUCUGAUUGGCUCCAUUAAUCAGAAUGAGCUUCCAACACCUCCCUCUACCGUAGUGAAUGAUGAGUGUGUGGAAGAGGAGGACAUGUCAUUAGACUCCGAAGAUGAUGAUCCACCCACAGUGGCAGAUUCAGCAGAGCAGGAAGUUGGGAAGGAGAAGCUUCUGCAGCCGCCGCCACCAGAUAUGGAGGAGUUUCGUCCUCCACUCCCUGACCAGCACAUCACCCCUGAGAGAACGUUAUCUGAGUACAGUGCUCUCAAAACAGCCAUCUCUCAGUUCAAAGCCUCCAACCAGAUCGGCAUAGGCUCUGCAGACAUUGGCAGCUUGUCGCCAGGAGGUUUUCCUGUGAAUCCCCACCAGAGCUUCCUGUGUCCUUCAGGCUCGUGGUCAUCAUACACUGGCUCUUCUAGCUAUGCUGCCUCCCCGGCCUAUCCAGCCUCCCCCUGCAGCAGCACCCAGGAACAGGAGUAUCGCUCACCAGCUACCGCUCCUGCCACAGUCCCAACUCCCCCUGCCAUGGUCACGGCAGGACAUCUAGCCAAACUGGUGUCCCUCCCCAUGGAGGUCAAACCUCCACCUCCACCUCACCUCAUGAUGCUGGGCCACUCAUAUGGCUUGGACACAGGCAACUCUCCGCGCACCACUUCUAUCCCUUACACAGACCACAUUGACACAGCCCAGCCAGGUUACAUGGCUGGCAUUCCUAAAAAUGUUAGCGGGACUCCCACGCAACAUGACAGAACACUCAGCGGACCUGGGGAGGGUGUAUGGGGCACUGCAGGGACCAGCACGUGUGAGACUGGCAGUGGCCAGGGUGGGAGAACGUUGGGCCUGUUGGACGCCAGUGGGCUCCCUAAGACCGGGGAAGCCCUUGGAGGCAGCACCCCGGGCAGUCAAGGGAGCAGGACUCAGGUGAAUUGCACUGACAACCUUGGAUCGUCUGUGGGCAUUCCCACAGUGGCCACAAGGGGGGGCUCUGUGGUCAGACCUAAGCUGCCUCCUCAUCUAAUGUGUGGUCUGGGCUUUGGUAGUAUAGGUGGCUUCCCUGGACAGAUGGACCACGGGCCUAUGCGGGGUGCUAUUGGCCCUGGUUCUUUAGGGAGCUAUCGAGGGAGAGGAAUCCCACCAGGACUUUGGACUCAUCCAGGACGAGGACACGAUCGGGGGGAUGGGACUGGAGGUGGACCCUGCUCUUGGGGUUACCCAGCAGGCAGGGGUGCGGCACAGGAUUAUUACUCGGACUACACAUACUCUCACAAUUAUGCCCCUGAAUAGACAAUCAACGUGAUCCAAGGGGCAACACAAACACCAUACUCCAGAGACAAAUCGAGCUGGCUGAAUGUAUAUAUUUCCUUGUCAUAAACACAUUGAUUUAAAUCAGUAAAUAAGGAUCCUGGUUUUCUACAUUAAUAAAUAAAAAUUGAUACAGGCAGUGCCGAGUGUCCUACUGUCGUGUAAACUGUAUGUACACUCUUUCCAUGUGAGCUAUUGGAGACCCUGUUCAAACCACUAUAUUUAUAUUUGCCAACAAAUGUUAAUGGCCUUCCAGCUUCUUCGGAGUUGAUCAUGUUUUUUUUUCUGUUUGUCCCAGUUUUGAAACGGUUUGUGAACAAGGGCAAAGGCUGAUAUUUUUUUAAGGAAAAAAAAAAGAGUGAAUAGAAAUUCACUUUUGCUGUUGGUUUUCUUUUUUUAUUUUCCAUAUUUGGUUGUUCGAAAAUCUAUUAAAUAAACCAUUUCAAAACUUGUUUGUGUGACAGGUUUGAUGACAGUGUCAACCAAGCCAUUAAAAAUAUAAAUCGCA